AUGUCUGAAGAAACAAAUUCUGAAUUGCUGACCAGUUUUUCAAACCCCAAUUACUCCCAUGUUUCUUCCAUGAUCACAGGAUCCAACUCGCAAUUUGAUGACGAUGAUGAGGAUAAUUCUUUACUCUUGUUGAAAAGUGAUGAUGAUCUGGAUGAUGAGGAGGAUGAUAAUGACAACUGUCGGGGUAGCAAUGCCUUAACAGCACUGGCAGACGCCAUACACAGUUUGGAAUUACUGACAAAAGAUCAACAAGAAGAGCAAAACACUCAGCAGGAUAAAAAUCUUGAAUUUUUGCCAUUUUCAGAUCGCAUAGGGGACAAAUCUUCUGGCUUCUCGAGUGAUUCUGCAUUCUCAAGCCCAACUAGUGACUGCUCUCCACUGAUGCGAAUUAGGAAGCAUGCUAACGUUAAUAACAAUAGUACAGUCAAAGAAGAUGAAAAUAAAGAUGAAGUAAAUGUGAAAAGUGAUGACUCGAGUAUUGAUACACUGAUAGCCAAAAGUCUAUCGACCGGUGAGACAUCAAACUGCAGUGCAGCCACAACUAAUUUUGAACAGAAGUUGGAUAACCAAGAGUACAACAAAGACAACCAAAAAUUGCCAGGAAAAAAUUUAGAGGAAGAGGAAACCUACAAAGAUGAGGAUGACAGUUGUCCUAAAAUUGACAUGCCAACUUCUCCGAAGACUCCUGUUGGUGAUGAUGAUGAUCGCAAGAAAAUCGUGGUGGAUUUGUUGGACAAUGAUGAUGACGAGGAGGAGAGUGUCAGCUUGCUAGCGAGAAAUGAAACAUUAGCAGCAGCAACAACAGCAGAAACGUUGGAAACAAGACCAGUUGACAAUUUGAAUGUACUGUCACCAGGCUGGGAGAAGUGUGAAGAUGCGAGUGGCCCAUAUUACUGGCACAUAAAGACGGGGACCAUACAGAGGAACCCACCCACACUCAUGGAUCUACAAACAUCUUCAUCCAUGGAGUUCAGGAGCAAGUUGUCAGAACCAGAUGUCGUGGCAAACACGUGUGACAAAUCAUCGACAACACACUCUUCUUCCAUUCCCGCCAAGUCAUGUUCCUCCAAGAUGGAAACGAACACGACGUCAACCACUCUGCCCAUUCCUGUGGUCAGCGAGACGAGCGGCCAGCAGCAUGAUGGCAGCAACGGCAUGGAUCUGGAGCUGCCCGUGAGGUUUGCUGUGAGGUCGCUCGGACGGCAUUUUCCCCGAGAUCGGGGGUUGCCGUUUGGCUACCUAUGA